AUGAGCUUAAAGCUCAUUCAUAGAGAUUCUCCAGAGUCUCCUUUAUACACUGCAAAUCUUACCACCCUAGAAAGAUUUCAAAGAGAUCUCGAAAUUUCUAAAUCUCGAGCUUCCUAUUUGCAGUUAUUAAGCAAAAUGAGGAUUGAAAACGAAACUUUUAUUCCAGAUUCCAUCCGCCCUUUACUCACCCAACGUGAUGCCCUCUUUACAGUAGACAUAGGCCUUGGCACCCCCAGCAGCAAAGGAACCUUUGUUUUUGACACAGCUAGUUGGCUUACUUGGACCCAAUGCAAACCUUGCAUCCAAUGUUUCCAACAAAAAUAUCCUAUUUUUGACACAAGAACUUCUACAUCCUAUAAAAUGCUUUUUCGUAAUCACAGUCUUUCUAAAUGGUUCAAAUGUAAUGACUAUGGAUGUGACUAUUCUGUAAAGUACUUAACUGGAGAGUCAUCAAGAGGUAUCGUCUCAAUGGAGACCUUUACCAUCCAAUCCAAGAACCGAGCCCCUGAGCCAGGGGCGAAGCCAGACAACUUUUCUGGUGUGGGCAACCUUAAACGGGUCACAAAUGAGCGCAUAGAGAAUGUAGUUUUUGGUUGUGGUGUGGAGAAUAGUGGCUCUCCAAUCCCUCACCCUUUAGUUGGUGGGUUCGUUGGAAUGGACAGAACUCCCACUUCUCUAAUACGCCAAUUACGUAGCAAAACCAUUCAAAUAUUUUCCUAUUGCCUGCCACCAUUUUCGUCCCGUUUCAAAACUUCAUUUGUAAGAUUUGGGACAGAGGCUAUCAUAAGAAGAGAACACAUCCAAAUAGCGAGCUUUCUACCAGGCAGCACAAACUACAAAGUGAACUUAAGCGGUAUCAGCAUUGCAGGACGACGAUUACAACUCCCAACAGGUGUCUUUCGUGAUGGUUGCCUCAUUGACUCGGGUACCUCACUCAGUCUCAUAGAACAAGAAGCUUUCAAUGUUAUGUUUAUUGCAUUUAGGUCACAUUUUGAUCAAUACAAAAGCCUCACAAGAGUUGCUCUUCCAGCAAGAAGUCUUUGCUACAGAAUCUCAAAAGGUUUUAACAAUUUUCCCACCAUGACAUUUCAUUUUCUAGGAGCCAAUCUUGAAGUUGGAAUGACAACACUGUUUAGUAGGUUUGCGAGAAACACCUUCUGCCUUGAAAUGAUGGGACAUCUACAUGCAACAAUUCUAGGGGCAUAUCAACAACAGAAUUUUAGAUUUGUAUAUGAUCUUGACAAUGCAAAGGUUGCUUUUGUUAGGGAGGAUUGCACAAAGGAUAGGGGUUGA